CCUGCUAACACCUUUCCCCCAUCUCCUGUGACUCUCCGCUUUCUAGAGGAACCUGGGGGUGGGGCUUAGUGGAGAGGGAAGGACUCAUACCCAGUGACAACCUCACUGUCAAACACAAGAGGGCAGGGUGGAGAAUGACUCCUCCACCUCCCCAGUGAAGAGGGCAGUGGCAACCCAGCUGUCAGGGACGGUGGAGGGGGCAGCAGCAUCGGGCCCCCCCUUGUGUCCACAACCAACUUAACUUCUGACCUUGGAGGGCCUGCAGGCAACCUUGAAGCAACCCAGCUGUUGAGCAUGUUAAGAGUGCUCAGGAGGAGGGGAGAUUUCUUUGUCUGCCCCAGCUACAGCAGAAGUGUGCAGGUCACAAAAGAAAUUUUCUGGGAACUUGGAUUUUUUUUUUUUUUUUUUUGGUCUGGGUGAUGACUGGAACUUAUCUGCAAGAAUGAAAUGCUUCCAUCUUUCAUGGUUCAGUCUGGGAUUGAAUAUUAUUAUUAUUAAUCAUCAUCAUCAUCAUCAUCAUCAUCAUCAUCAAAAACCUUUUAUUUGUUAGUUGUCCCAUAACAAAUGGGUGGCUCACACCACAUUAAACAUCCAGUAAAAACGCAUAAAACUCAUCAAAUCACAACACAAACACCCCGCAAAGAAUACAAAAUACAGUACACAAUUUAAAAAGCCUGAGUGAACAGGAAGGUCUUUACCUGGCAUCUAAAAGAACAAAGUCAUAGUGCCAGGUGAACCUCACACUGAGGAGGCUGUUCCAUAGGUACAACCACCAAAAAGGCCUUCUCCAAAAAGGGCCUUGCCAGUCAGUCCGUGAAUGAAGUCUGAAGCUGCUUUAUCUCAUAGAACACUAGCUUUAAGUUCCCGGCGUUGCUCAGGCUUAUAAUAACAGUUUAUAGAAACUUACAGCCUAUCUUUAUUAUUGCAUCCAUAAGUUUUGUGGUUAUACCCACUGUAUAUCCAUCUGUCUGUGUGUGCAGGGUGGUUGUCGGGGUUCCUGGGUACCCUGUGUUACUCGUCAGGCCGUAAGAAGUCACUUUGCAAAGUUUGGUCCUGAUAACUCAAAGGGUGUGGGAAUGUAUACGGAGCAGACAGACAAACAGACAUUUAAUUUUAUAUAUAUUAUAGAUAUAGACAUCUUGUGGGAUAUUUCUGGAACACUAUUUGGCAGCCUUUCCAUCUGCUGCUGCCCAAGUGAAACUGAUAGACUUCUCUUAGAAAAGCAAAAAAGCUGUCAUUUAUUUCAAUAUUAACGGUAAUUCCAUGCCAUCCACGUCAUGUGCCAGGCGCUGUGGGUGCAAGAGAGGAACACAUAGGAAGAACAUAGGAAGCUGCCAUAUAUACUGAGUCAGACCAUUGGUCUAUCAAUCUCAGCAUUGUCUUCACAGACUGGCAGCGGCUUCUCAGCCCUUCGCCUGUAGGGCUGCAUCUUCAGUGAAAUGGCCUUAACUUCUUUGCAGCUCCGCAGCAACACAUGAGAACCUCCUCAAGGGCUCCACCACGACCUCGCCCGCCUCUUUUAGACCGGACCGGACCGUGCCGCCCGCCCGGCCCGCCCCCAAGAACCGCGGCAGCGUUUGAAGCAGAACUUUUUCGGAGGCGCUCACACAGACAGAGUUCUUCUGCUGAGCGAUCUGCCCAGCAACAACUACUAGAAGAACUGGAGAACACUUUUUCUAUUGGUCGAAUAUUUCCCUCUCUUGGCCAAUCGCGGCUCUCACUUCCUUUUCUUCGGCGUGCUGCGUGUUUUUCUCGCCGCUCCGAAUUUGGGUCCUGCGACGAAGACUGCUAGAACCUCGGGGUUGAGCGGUGUACGAGAUGGGCCUGCUUUGGUGGCGCCUUUUGCUCUUGGGGGCAGUGACGGUUUUGCUGAAGGACUCCUCUGGCUCUUCUUCCUCCCACUCCUUGAGGUAUUUCUCCACUGCCGUGUCGGAGCCUAGCCAGGGGCUGCCAGAGUUCAGGGCUUUGGGGUAUGUGGAUGACCAGCUCUUGGUUCACUAUGACAGCAACACCAGGAGGAUGGUGCCUCGAGUCCCCUGGAUGCAGAAGGCGGAGGAAGAGGAUCCGGAGCACUGGGACAGGGAGACCCAGUUCUUGCAGGACAAUGAGCAGUCCUUCAUGAAGAGCCUGGAAUUACUAGACUAUGGGGAUUAUUACUACAGCCACAGUGAAGGCUUUUACACAUGGCAGCUAAUGUACGGCUGUGAAUUGAGCCAAGACAAGCACAAAGGAGGGUACAUGAAAUUUGGCUAUGAUGGGAGGGACUUUCUAACCUUUGACAAAGAGAACCUCACCUGGACGGCAGACGAUGUGGAAGCUGCAGUGAUUAAGAGGAAGUGGGACGAGGACUUGGCCAAUAGCCAGAACAAGAAGUCCUACUUGGAGGAGACCUGCAUUGAGUCGCUGCAGAAAUAUCUGGACUAUGGGAACAAGACUCUUCUGAGGACAGAGCCCCCAAGAGUGACGGUGACAUGCAAGACAGACUGUGACAAAAAGCUCGAUGGAAGAGAAAAGCUCCUCUGCCGAGCCCAUGGCUUCUACCCCCAGAGGAUUGACAUCAAGUGGAGGAAGGAUGAGGAAGUCCAGAUGCAGGACACCUUCCGCGGGACAGUCAGCCCCAACUCCGAUGGAACUUACUACACUUGGCUCGGGGUCAAGAUCCACUCCAAGGACAGGGGCCGCUACUGGUGUGGUGUGGAACAUGAUGGUCUGCAGGUGCCUCUGAGAAUGGCCUGGAAGGGGCCCCAAGAGGAGCCCGCCCCCACACUGCUGUGGUUCAUUGUGGGUACCAUUGUGGUGGUGGUUGUCCUGCUGGUGUCUGGGAUCGCCUGUUGUAUCGAUGUUUCCCCCCUUCAGGGGGCUCAGAUGAUGCUCUGAGCCAGAGGUUCUCCACCUGCGGUCUGCAGACCAUCAGUGGUCCACAAGCUCCAUCUAGGUGGCCUGCAGAAAGAUGGCAAAAGAGUUAUGAAUCUGUAAUUCACCUUUCACUUGAAUUUUUAUUAUGUAUAUGAGUAUUUUGCUUUGAUUGUAGAAAACAUGGUUUAUUAGUAGUUGAAAAAGAAUACUACUAAGAAGGACACUACUGUUCGGUCAUUUCAAAUAGUAUUUUCAGAUUGUUUUCCUCAUAUAAAAUGGUGAAUGAUUUAUCUAGAUUAAUUUUUGUGGUUUAAAGAGGAGUUGGAUUUUUAAGGAUAAUUUGCUGUUUUGUUUUUUAGUGAAGUUCUCAUAAGAACCAUUGGGAUUGAGACGUGAUGCAAAGGCUUGUUUCUUAGAAAGAUAUCUAUGAGUAACAUAGAAUGUUUCUAGAUUUUCACAUUUCUGCUUACUUUUGAAUACAUAACUGUUUAUAAUCUGACAACUUUUUUUGUUUAAUUUAGUUUUAUUGUGUCUUGUGUCUAUCUUAUUUUUGUGAGCCGCCCCGAGCAGUAGUGCGCUGGAGGGGCGGGGUGUAAAUAUUUUAAAUAAAUAAAUAAUAAUAAAUAGAUUAAGGGACUGUUUGGUAUGUUGCUCAUUUAUUUAGUAUUAAGGAAAUGUUGGUAGGCUGCUCUCUAAUUUAUUUAUUGUGUGUUUCCCCCAAGUGUGAACUCCUUUUCAGAAUUACCAUUAAGAACACUUUUGGAUGAUCUCUAUCUGGGGACUGGAGAAGGCCGUGAAACGUGUUCUUAGCACUACACCCCAUCUUCCUUUUGGUAUAUGGGGACACAGCAUUUUUUGCACAUUGUAGUUAUUAUCCAUCAUAUUCAUCUCUGUUCUCUUUGUUAUCCAUUUUAAUACACUUCUUUACUUCUUUAAGAAAAAAUGAAUUCAUACUUUACACUGUAUUAAAACUUUGCGUUGUUAGCACUCAUAGUUUUGGUAUUCAUAUUGCAUCUUUGUCUGGGUACUGCCCCUCUUCUGUAUUUAUUAUUUAGUAGUCCACCAAGAUCCCAAGCAAUUUUCAAAUGCUCUGUGAGGAGGUGGUCCACCCGCCAUCCCCCCCCCCACCGGCACUUAUUUUCCCCGCCAGCUGGCCAGCCAGCCACCUAGCUGCCCACCCUCCCACUGCCUGCCUGCCCACCACCUCCGCUUGCCCACUGGCCGCCCACCUUCCACUGGCGGACGCCUCCUCCCACCUGCCUGCUGCCUUCUCCCGCUGGCUGGCCGGCCCACUGCUUCCUCCCGCCAGCCAUCCGGCCAGCCACCUCCUCCGGCCCACUGCCAGCCGGCAUCACUGUUUUCUCCCCCAUCCCUGUCCCUAUCCAGGCAGCUGCUAGGGACGGGUAUGCCUUAGAGAAGUAUAUAUAAAGAUGAUUUUUUUAAAGGAAAGCAAAUAAAAACAAACUAUUUGACAGGGCUAGAAUUUAGGAGUGACUUACAACGUAGCAUCAAGUGAGUGAUUCCUUCCUCUUUAAAUAUUGGAGUUGCUGCAGUGUGAGCAGGAGGCAGAGGGAAUCCACCAAGUCUUGUCCUGAAUGGCUUCUGCUGCUAACCCUACCUGGCUCUGGUCCAACACCAGCAUCCUGUCUCCAGCAGGCAAAGUGAUUUGGGAUGGGGGUGGAAAUGUCUUCCUGACAGAUUUGGAAUAGUUUUGUUUUCCAUCUGGUUUCUCAAAAGCAUAUGUGCCUAUCAGAAAAGUGCUACAUAUCUGUACGUUUAAUAAAAUAAAUUAAAAUAGA